CACCCACCCACGCCCUUUGUUUUCCUUCCUUGGAGGAAAAACAGGUCAGGAGAAUGGAGGAGGGAAUCAAGAACGGUGAGUUUGUGGUGGUGCAGCGCGGGGCCUACCAACGAGUGAUACUCUUCCAAGAAGAACAAACCAUGAUCUUUGGGAAAGGUCAAAGCCAGCAGGAAAUCCUAUUAAAGAAGGCUGCUGGCCAACCAUUUUACUCAGCAUUUCGCAUUGUUGCCCUGCCUUUGGACGAAUAUCCUCCCAAAGUGGAAAGCUCAUCAGAACAGAAGGGAAAUAAGAACAGAGGGAAAGCAGGGAAUAAGCCAGCCAGAAAAUUGUACUCGUUGGAGAAAGCGACCGAACCUGCGUCCAAAUCAUUCAGCCAGUUGACCUAUGAAGCAGAAGCACCUCUUCCAAAGGGGAAAGACAAUAGAAACAUAAUUGACGACAAAUCCUCUCAGCCUUUAGGCCAGUCCGAUAUCCAUAAUCUGAAGGACCAAGGAUUAACAUCACAAGAAAUUUUAACUACUAUCAUCUCUAGUUCAAAAUCAUUUGUCCAUAAAACCGAGUAUUCUCAAGAAAAGUAUUUAAGAAAGAAGGAGAAAGUUCACGGAGAUUUGCUGCUAUUUCUCAAACCUGAUUUGGCAAUUGUAACUGAAUAUUUCUUUAAGAAGGAUCCUAUGAAGGUGUUGGGACUCCGUCUGGACACAGUUUCUCAAAUUCUAUCGUAUGCCAAUGUCCAUGCGAAUGAAAAAUUUCUUGUCUAUGAAAAUGGAGCUAACGGGUUGCUUGUUGCUGGAAUGUUGCAAAGAAUGGGAGGACUAGGAACACUAUUACAUUGUCAUGCAGGAACAAAUCCACAACAACAGGCACUGUCCUACUUGAAUUUGAGUGAAGUCGUGAAGCAACCUUUACGAAAUUUGGAUAUUUUUUAUUUAAUAAAAGGACGUGGGAUAAACAAGUCUUUAAGAGAAUCAGCGGCAAAUGGAGACAAAUUUGAUGAAGAAAUGGUAGCAUCUCUAAGCAGUGAGGAUCACGAUUCACCAUUGUGCAAGAAACCAAAGCGUGAUAGCGUUCAAGAUGAAGAUAUUCGAAUGGAAACCUCGGACGAUAAAUGUCCGAAAUCUGACUCGCCAUUAUUAGCAACAACGAAUUCCUCCAGUACAAAACCAAGCAGUUGCAACAGAAAUGAGAAUGAAAAAUCUUUGGAAAUGUUGAAUUCAACAAAGUUUCAUGGACUCGUAAUUUGUGGACGAGAGCACCCACUGUCCGUCUUCCAAAGACUCUUGCCACAUUUACUCCCUUCCUCUCCAUUCGUAAUAUAUUCUGGAUACCCUGAGCCCCUCAUGGAAUGCUACACGUGGGUGAAAGAAAGUGGAUUUGGUGUUAAUAUACAUAUCGUAGAUAACUGGAUGAGGAACAUUCAAGUCGAAACUGAUCGGACACAUCCAGAAAUAACUAUGAGUUCCUCUGGAGGUUACAUUCUUUACGGAACCUAUGUCAGAAAUUCGUUAAAUUAGAUUUAUUAUCCAUUAAUGUUUUUUUUUUAUUUUUUAGAAUUUGAAAAUUAUUAUAAUAAUUUGCUAAUAAUAAAUUAUGGAAAUAAUCAAAAACAGUGUCUUUAAAAAUAUGCAGCACACAUUGUGAUACAUUGACGCCAUAUGUAAGUAAAUAAAGUUGAGUAUAAGGACACGUGCCAAUUCAUCGGAA